GGCCUGUGCGCGGGGUCGCGCUGCGCUCGGGGCCGGGCCGAGGCGCGGAGGCGGCGGGAGGCGGGCGCUGAGGCCGGUCCGGCAGAGCGCAGGGGGCGGGCGUGACCUUGCCCGCGGUCGCCGUGCGAGGGGCCGGUCACGGGUCACCCGUGUCGUCUCGCGUUACGGACGUUUGCUUCUCGUGCUCCAGAACCGCCGUUGGACCGGCGCGGCCAACGGGGCCAUGGGGCUGUCCGCGUCCGCCCCGGCCGCCGCUCCGCCCGCACAGUGCCCCAUGCACCAGGAGACGAGGCGCGGUUGCCCAAUGCACAGGAAGACUCCUGAUGGCAGAGCUGAGAACGCAGACGAUGUUCCUGCGCAUCAGGAAAGGGCAUAUGAAUUUGUAGCGUGUCCAGUGACUUCUGGUGCAUCUCAAGUGGGAGAUGACAUAGACCCCAGCAACAUGAUGCCUCCUCCCAAUCAGCAGCCAUCCCCAGAUCAGCCAUUUCCACUCUCAACUGUUAGAGAAGAAUCUUCCAUUCCUAGAGCACGUUCUGACAAGAAAUGGGUCUACCCUUCAGAGCAAAUGUUCUGGAAUGCUAUGCUGAGAAAAGGGUGGAGGUGGAAAGAUGAUGACAUAACAGGUGAAGACAUGACCAACAUCAUUAAAAUUCACAACCAAAAUAAUGAACAGGCUUGGAAGGAGAUCUUGAAGUGGGAAGCUCUUCACGCUGGGGAAUGUCCGUGUGGCCCGUCACUGAUGCGGUUUGGGGGCAAAGCCAAGGAGUAUUCACCCAGAGCCAGGAUACGCUCGUGGAUGGGCUAUGAGCUGCCCUUCGACAGGCACGACUGGAUCGUGGACCGCUGCGGGAGGGAGGUGCGCUACGUUAUCGACUACUAUGACGGUGGGGCCGUGGAUCAGAACUACCAGUUCACCGUGCUGGACGUGCGCCCCGCGCUCGACUCGCUCUCAGCCGUCUGGGACAGGGCCAAGGUGGCCUGGUGGCGCUGGACCUCCUGACUGCCCCUCCGGGCUGCCUUGGGAAGCAACCGCUGCCCGCCUGGCAUAAGUUGAAACUAGGACUUGCAAUAGAAGCGUGCUACAACUGUCACGUUUCAUCGUCACCAGUGUUGGUUGUGGGUGGGAAGGGGGGAUGGGGAAAACUGCUGUGAAGUACAGUGAUGCUUUAUAGUGCUUUGAGUGGAAUAAUAAAGUUACAGCAGCAAAAACAUGCAUCUUAAUUUUCUCAAGAGCUGGGCAGCAUUUUCUUACUUUGCCACAGAGCUGCAUAAGCUGGAUGCCUUGUCAUUUCAUGGCUCUGCUGCUGUACCCAGAUAGGUUGGGUUUUGGAUUCUGACUGGAGUUUUGAGUAUUACCUAACUGGUGAAAACUGGAAACCUCAUAGCUACAGUAUUGGAUUGCCCUUUACUCAUCAUUUACAGAUGAUCUGUAAAUGAUGAGUAAAGGGUGAAAGACCGGAGAGUUUCAAACUGCAUGUUCUGUUAGCCAUGCCUGUAUGUCUGUAUUGGUUUUCAUGUGGGCGCUCUGCCCGCUCAGAUUCCUGCUUCCUCAGAAAGCUUCAGGCAAGUUCAUUCUGUUAAAGGCUGUUCAGUGUAGGAUGAGUAUUUUUAAUCGUAUGUGAAGUUGGAAAGGAGAAUAUACUCAUGCCUUAGCCUGCAGUCUGUCUUUGGACAGAAGAAUGUCUGUUAGAGGUGGGAAAUGCAUCAGUUACUCAUAAAGCAGUGUUUGUGUAAGGAGAUAAAAUUGGUGUUUCGUGGCUAUUUAUUUUUGUGUUUAAAAGGUUUGUUUUCUGAUGUAAGAAAACUGUAUCCUUGUAGUAUUUUCAUGUCUUGAGUGUGUUUCAUGUAACAUGUUCCAGAGAGAAUGAAGCCUUAUGUAAGGACACUGCCAGGCAGUGCAUGUGUGUUUCGCACCUGGGCUGCAUCCGCUGUGCCCCAGCGUGGUUGUUGCUGCAGAUGGACUCACACAGGGGGUUUGGCCUCUCUGCACAGUGUUUAUGGUGAGGUGUGUUGCAGAUGUGUGCUUGACUUGGCUUAAGGGGUAUCCAGAGUGCCAGGAAAUGAGUGAUACGAGGGUUUUGUAGAGUGACACAUAUCGGUGCUGUGUGGCUUCAAGAUUUAGUUAAUGUUUGUGUUUAAUAAGGGAAACUUAACUCUUUUUUUUUAAUCUUCCACUGUAAUAGCUUUAAACUUGCAUGGCUUGGUAAAUUUUGGGUGCCACCUACCCCUAAAUUUAAACUCUUCCUCCCUUUCAGCAUGUAUUACUCUUGAGAAGGAGUCUUCCGUGCAGAACACUUGGGAGUCAAAGGAGUGAGAGGAUAUCACACUGUAGCUUCUCAAAUGGGAGAGGCUUCCUUUGUCAAACUUCACAACCUGAACUGGGAACCAGCUGUACAUUCGUUUUCUGAAGGUGAUUGUUUUUAACUGACAGUGGAAGCUGCUUUAGUUUCUUUUCUUUAUUUUUCACCCUGAGUGAAAAGCCCCUUGAUGUAACUUCCCAUCUGGGAGAAAUUGAGGGAAGCUUCCGUGCUUUGAGGUCCUAGUAGAGACAAAUGGUUCCCACUGCAGAGAGAGGCAGCUGUUGUGCAUGCUAACAAAUGUUGCCCUUGAGUCCAGGGUCCUAAGAGCAACCCACACUCUUACCCCUCUGCUUUCCUCAUUCUUUUUUCCACCUUUUUAGUGGUUUGUACGUAUAUCAAUGAAAAAUACUUUGGAGAGGGAAAAGGGAAAUCUCCCUCUGAGUGGGCAAUGUAUGGGUGAGCUGUGUGAGAGGUGUGUGAGCUUGUCUGCGAGGCUGGGUCACUGCUGCUGGGGGGGAAGGGGGGUCAUUUGGUUGGUUUGUGGAUUUGGUGACUUGAUACAGGCAGAAUUCUGUGUGGAAAAAGUACACCAGAGUGGAGUGUAGUGCUUCAGAGGCCUCGAGAGAAGGAGUUUGCUGUGUUGGUUUUGGCAGCGUGAUGCUGAGAGUGUCACGGAGGCUGUAACUGCUGCUGCGCCUGGGGAAGGGUGUGACGUGUCCCUUCGCGCCUUUGUCUGCCCUUGUGUCCCGUCUCACACAGACUCGCAACUGUUCUCUGCUGCUGUUAACUAAAUGUACUAUUUUGACAUCAAACAAAAAGGAGAAUCAAAUAAAUAUACUUUUCCUA